UGACAGACACACAGCAGUGCUCUUUCUAACUUCUCUGCCAUGUCCUGUCUUCCUACCUAGAUGGGCUGACUGUUUCUUGGUUUAGGGAGUUUGUUUUUAUUUUUUCAAAGCUGAGAGGUUGAUGGUUGACAGUUAUCCUUCUGACUUACUGCUCUUCCUCUCAUUCACUUGGACCUUCUGUGUUUUCUUCACUUGGAUUCUACUCUCUCUUAUUAGAUUUUCCUGCCUUGUUUUUUCAUCUCCUCUGAGCAUACCAUCCUUUUCCCUUUCACCCUCUUUUGUCCUCCCAUCUCCCCACCGUUCCCUCUCUCCUGGUGGUUUUCAGGCUAUGCACCAUGCUCUCUUCUCCUACAGUGAUUCUUCAGCCUUACGGACUGCCCGUCUAUCCCCAGGGUGCCCAAUGUUACCCCAGCCUAGUACAGGGAGGCCCGGCCAGGAGGCCGGCAGUGGUGACCCCACCCUCCCCCAGGUCUAUGCCCAGCCUCCCUCAUACCCUCCACCAGGACAAGCUCCUCCCACACCUGCAGGCAGACUUCCUCCUCUAGACUAUAGUCCCGCCCACCCCAACUCAGAGUACCAGGAGCAUCACCAGCUCAGAGUCUAUCAGGGCCCACAACACGAAGGGGCUGACACUCUGGCAGCCAAUAGCACGGACGAUGCCCUGGUUCCGGUGACCUCUGACUCCCAGGCUCUGAGCGUGUCAGUGUCAUCAGGGGGCGGAACAGGAAGUGGUAGCGACGAGGAGGUGUCAGGCAAGGCUCAGCCCAAACGCCUCCACGUCUCCAACAUCCCCUUCCGCUUCAGAGACCCAGACCUCAGACAGAUGUUUGGGCAAUUUGGCAAGAUCCUGGAUGUGGAGAUUAUCUUUAAUGAGAGAGGGUCAAAGGGCUUUGGGUUUGUGACCUUUGAGAGCGCAAUGGAAGCAGACCGAGCGAGGGAAAAACUGAACGGAACGAUCGUUGAGGGGAGGAAGGUUGAGGUGAACAAUGCUACAGCCAGAAUAGUCACCAAGAAGCCCCAAACACCUCUUGUGAAUGGUGAGGUUUCAACCCCUGGAUGGAAGAUCAACCCUGUCAUGGGAGCGAUGUAUGCACCUGAACUCUACACCGGUGAGUUUCAAUGUGAGUUUUCGGUUGCCAGUUUCCCCUACCCCGUAGCUACUCCCACCCUGGCCUAUCGGGGCUCACCGCUGCGUGGGCGGGGCCGGGCUGUCUACAACACAAUUCGCUCAGCUGCUGCAGCCACACCCACUGCCAUGCCCGCCUACCCUGGAAUGUCUCCUUUCAGUGUGGUGUACCAAGAUGGAUUAUAUGGAGCUGAAGUCUAUGGCGGGUAUCCUGCAGCGUACAGAGUCGCCCAAUCAGCAUCCGCUGCCACAGCAACGUACAGUGAUGGAUAUGGCCGAGUUUAUGCUGCUGCAACGGAUCCCUACCACCAUUCAGUGGGACCCACGACAGCAUACGGAGUCGGAACAAUGGCCAGUCUGUACAGAGGAGGAUACAACCGCUUCACCCCUUACUGAGCUGCCCAAUGGUAGCCUGGAAGCCGCUCUGUGACCCCGCCACCUCGUCCGGGAUUGGCCAGUCCCAGGACAACAAUGCAGGACAGGUUAUGAUAUCACUGAGCUCUGUGUCACUUCCUGUCUGACCCCCUUCCUCCCUUGGGAGACUGUAAAAUCCAACCGACUGAACGUGUAAAUACUGUAGUAGCUAUUCACUAUUUAUUCUAUCGGAGAAUACAUAUAGGAUAAAGAGCCUGAUCUAAUUUAUAGACAGUUAUUUAAAACCUUUAUUUUACACUUCAUUUGUAUUGUUUGUGCCACUAAUUUGUUCCAGGGUUUAAGAAUGUAAAGAUUUCUGCCUCCGUACCUGCUUUAUAAGCUACUCUUUCAAUAUUCUAACAGAGAGAGUUGAAUGUGAGCCAUUUUAUUUUUCAUUGGCUGGACUUCAUGGUACAAUACUGCAACUCAAGUGGCACAACAAUACUGGUUUCUCUACAUGGUGACAUUUG